AUGAUGACCGAGUGCAUGGAUCUCGAUCACAAAGUGAAAGUCACUAUUUUGGCAUCUGAAUGGGGAUCUGGUAAUGGGGGACUUUCCACAAUAAACAGAGAAUUAGCGAUUCAGUUAGCCAAAAGUCCUAAGGCGGAAAUCACUUUCUUUUUACCAAAAUGCAGUCAACAGGACAGAAAAAUAGCUCUGGAACACAAAGUAAAGAUCGUGGAGGCAACACCACUGCCUGGCUUUGAACAACUGAAUUGGCUUUGUUUUCCGCCAGAAGAUUUGCAUAUCGACAUUAUCGUAGGUCAUGGAGUUAAACUCGGUAAACAAGCACAAGUCAUUAAGAACUCUAAAAAUUGCAAGUGGGUUCAAGUGGUGCACACAGACCCAGAGGAACUUGGAAUGUUUAAAAGCUAUUCCAACCCAAUUUCAAAGGGCGAAGAAAAGCACAAGACCGAAGUAGAACUGUGUAAAAUGGCGGAUCGUGUUGUAGGAGUUGGACCCAAGUUGAGCGAGGCCUUUCGCUCAUAUCUUUGUGGCUGUAAUAAAGAUGGCAAUGUCUUUGAAUUCACUCCUGGAGUAUUUGAAGAGUUUAAGGAUGUGAGGCAGGCUGCUGGCCAAAGGCAACGACGCAAUGUCUUAGUGUUUGGUGGUGGAGCUGUAGAAGAUUUCGAAUUAAAGGGAUUUGACAUCGCUGGGAAAGCAAUUGCUGCGUUACAAGAUACUCGCCUUGUGUUUGUUGGAACACCGGAUGGAAAAUACGAAGAAGUAAAAAAUCGUUUUAUCAGAUGUGGCGUUCCUACUAAUCGUUUGAGAGUAAGAGGAUUUGUUGAAGACCGAGAGAGUUUGAGGAGCUUGUUCCAGGAAGUGGAUCUUGUAGUUAUGCCUUCAAGAACAGAGGGUUUUGGACUAACAGGGCUUGAAGCAAUGUCAGCUGGUCUCCCAGUGCUCGUUAGUAGCAACUCUGGUUUUGGGAAAGCACUGUGCAGUGCAGCUUUUGGUUCAUCAUUUGUGAUUGAAUCAGAGGACCCUGCAAUCUGGACCGUAGCCAUUCAGAAUAUCUGGUCCAAAGACAGGGAAUGUAGACUUGAGGAGGCGGUGACCUUGCGUGAUUCCUAUGGCAGGAAAUACAACUGGGCCAAACAGAUAAAUGAUUUAGUUGACAGGAUGAUCAGCCUAGCUCCUGGUAAGAAUGUCGAUUAUCUUUUCUUGAAUGGUACAUUAUCAGGAAAUGAUAGAAAAACAGAAAACAGAAACAAACAAAACUACAAGUUUUGUCCUGAAAUCUUGAAAAAAAAAAACGUUUUCAGCGGAAUGGUCUAUGGACUUCGUAUGUAUAGCAUGCGUAGCAGUCAUUUCUGUCUACUUUUAACCAAGCGGGAGAUGCGCGGGACGCACACAAGAGCGAUCAAAAAUUUGGGACGGGGAAGGAAUUAAAACGCCGGCCCCUGAGCUUUUAUCCCGGUAAUACACAAUCUGAUAUAUCGUGCCUAACUAGAAUGUCCGCCCCGGGGAGGAAUGGGCCGCACACCUGGAAUUGACUGGGUCUUCAGUUUCAUAUACAACUGUCCCCCAAAGGGGAGGUGAAUAGUGGUUGUAUACCGAGACGCGAAGCGUCGAGGUAUAUAUCUAGCGCUGUUCUCCGACCCUGAGGGGGAUAGUUGCUUUAGUAUUUACCAAAUCAGUUGAAUAAAACUGAAAAAAAGUAACUUUUUGUAAAUUAAUACGUCACUUAGGGACCAGUCAUAAUUUAAGUUGGAGGAGGGGGUGGAGGAGAAAUUGUUUUUUAUCCCAAAUUAUUUCCAGCCCCCUACUAAUAGCACCCAUGUUUUUUAGGUACCCCCACUUCAAUCAUGUUAAAAGAUUUAAGGGCCCCCCUUUCUUACAUAACACCCAAAUGGUAAUAACAAAUAACAUUUUCUUUACUUUACCGUUCUAACUCACUGUCACUUCCGAAUGUGCCAACUAACAACAGAGAAGCACUUCAUGCUAAACUGAGAAAGAGAUUUCACCUAGAGCCUCUCAAACAGCUUAUAGAGCAAGGAUAUAUCAGUGAUUGUGUUAAAAUUGAGAUAAGACAAGCCAUCGAAAGGUUAGAGGCCAAUAGGACCCCUUCAAGGAAGAAAGAAGAUAAUCAGCCAAAGCUUACUGCUUUUUAUAUGAGCAGUACAUGCUCUAAUAGCAAAAAGCUUGACAGUGACAGACAGUGAGUCCACAUCAACCUCAUCUACAAAUAAUGAUUCGGAUAGUGAGAUUGCAUAACAUGACUUUAUGCAUGUAAUCAUCAUGUGUUAAAAUGCCGAUGAAAUUGUUUCAGUGUUACAAAAUAAUGGAUGUUGUGUUGAAGCACCUACUAUUUGAGCAUUAAAUCUUUUUGUUUUAGUAUUACACAAUAUAGGACUUUGUGUAAAACUGAACCAAAAUCAGGUCCUUUAAUACUCAAGCAUCAUGCUGCUCAGUAGGGAUGCUACUUAAAAGAAACUUGAAGACCCCCCAAGGUCAUCUUUUGGCAUUUUAAGGCCCCCCAUACUCCAUCCAAAAAAAAUUGAAGGCCCCCCAAUUUCUCCUCCACCCCCUCCUCCAACUUAAAUUAUGACUGGUCCCUUAGUGGGAACUUUGUUUACAAUUUACAAACAUUUCGGGGAUUUUGUCAAGUGCAUUUUACGAUUUGUUCCAAAUUCAGCAUGAAAAUAAUUUUCUACUUACCAGUGAACACCGACAAGCCAAACUUCGUUGCUUUCUUGGUAUAUGUUUGUACGACUGCUUCAUUUAUCGCACAAAUUCCGUCUUCCGAAAAUGUCUCGAAACGAGACACCAUCUUGGCUCCGGUCGCAAAACAGUGAAUAGCAAAAGAUAUUUCGAGUUACGGGAGCUAAUCAAAACGCGCGAAAAUUGCUAUUCACUGAUUUGGUAAAUACUAACAGAAAUUAUUGUUGAAUAUAUGAAUAUACUAGUUUGAAUUUAAAGAAAUUAUUAUUGUAACCAAAGUUUGUUUACGCAGAGCCUCUAAUGGAAAAUGACAACAACCCACGAACAAACUCUUAUGAAGACGAGCGGCUGAAAGCUGAUGCUACACCAGGAAACCAAACUGAAACGUCCACAGUUAAAGAGUCUCAGUCACAAAAUAGCCGUAAGCGUAAAAUGUCAGAAUCUUCUUGUGAUCCAGGUAAGCAAAAACAUGAUUAGUGUUUCUUGCUUUUGCCCAUUAGUACAUUUAGGGAUUAAUGUGGGAGUGCGGGGAGUGGAGGGAGGGGGAGGGGGGGAAGGUGACGGUUAGAACACUCAAAGGUGUUUUUUCCUACAGGACUUGCUACCUUUUAAGCUGUAGCAGUGCAAUUCUUCACUCAUUGUAAUUGUGUACACAGACUUUAAAUCCAGAUGUUACAGUGGAACCUCCACAUAACGAACCUCUAUAUAAUGAAUUCCUCGGUCUAACGAACGAUUUUCUUUACCCAGUUAUAGUGCAAUAUAUGAAAAAGUACCUCGAUUUAACGAAACCUUGUUAUAGCGAACAAAUUUUGCCAGUCCCUUGGCACUUCGUUAAAUCGAGGUUCCACGGUACCUUGGGCUCUAGAAAAAGUGUAAAUCCUGGGAGUGGUCUGGUCUCCUCUUUUAUCAACGACGUUGUCUUUGUUUUCAAACUACCAGGUAUUACGGGAUUAUCAAGGCCUUAGUUUGGUCCCAGACUAUCUUUCCCUGACUCGACGUUAUUGCUCACAUUUUUGUCAUUAGCAUAUGAGCUAACCCAUGGAAAGCGUCACCGUUGAAAUGUUCAGAAAGCCCGUAAACUUGAGAAAUUGUGUAGUUUUUAAGUUUCAAGUUUCUUUAUUUCCGUGUCAUCGACAAGACGAUUUUUUAAUUGUUGUGAGAAAAAUGUGGCGGUGUGUGAACCAAAAUCCAUGGGGUAAAAAAGAGUUCACACACCUAUUCUAAGAGCCUGUUUACCCGCCACAUGUUACCUCACCUAUCCGGUGUCCCCUACCUCCUUGUAAACAGGCCCUUAAAGAGCUCAAGGGAACUGCAAUCCGAAACCACCUGGGAGAUCAGCACAUUAUGUCCCCAAAUUCAAUAGUGCAAGGGCAAACUUUUUUUUUUUUUUUUUUUUUUUUUUUUUUAAUGUUUAUUGAUAAUCACAUUAAAUAAUUACAUUUACAAAACACACACACACACACACAAAAAAAAAUUGUCAAAUUAUUACAGGAGGUGUUACAGGGCUAAAAGAAAUUGUAAAAAAAGUACAACAGGGCAAUGAAAUAAUACGGAGGUAAUACAGUUAACUUAAAUAAGGCGUCAGUAUCCACUUUCUUUUAAAGAAUUCUUUGUUGCUGAUUUUUUCUUCUGUUUCAUAUUUAGCGAUGAUCUUGGCUUUAAAUCCACAAAUGUUUGGAAGGAUUUGUUUGCUCCUGCAGUCCCACAAAUAGAGUUUUCCAAUAAUUAUAAAAUAGUUCAGCAAUUGAAGUAAAGGGCAAGCAUUUUCCGUCAAAAUUCCAAAGAGCACAUUUUCCAAGCAGAGACGAAUUCGUUGAUUCGAAAUAAGGCACCAAUAUAGUUCAAAUUCAAUCCAAAACUGUUUAGAGCGUGAGCAGUGAUAGAACAAAUGCGUUAAUGAUUCAGGUUGAUUGUCACAGAAAGUACAUAAAUCAUUUGUCCUAUAACCUAUUUUAUACAACUUUGUAUUUGUGUGAAGAAUUGAGUUAAUUACUUUGUACUGGAAGGCUUUAACAUACGAUUCGACAGCGAUAGAGUGUGGCAGCUUAAAUAUUUGCUUCAGAUUGUCGCUGUUAAAAUUAAAGUUACUCUGUAAUUUUUGAAUAAUAUUGGGCGGUUUAGCUUUUUCUCUGAUGAGUAGGGCAAACUUGAUUUCCUUAUUUUUUAAAUGCUUUUUAUCAAAGAACUGAAACUAAUACUAGACAACUGAGUGCGACUCGUCCGAUUCCAUCCGCGCAAAAUUAUUUGUUUAGAUCGGUUUUAAUUAGCCUUAUUAUUAUUAUUUCUUUUCAAUUUUAUAAAUAUUUUAUCACUCAUUGUUUACAUAUUUUAUCGUAUUUGAUUGUUAAUUGCAUUCUUAGAUCUCGGAGGCUUUUAUCCUCCUCGACCUGCAUAAUUCCAGGGGCACCCAGCGUCAAUUUUCGGAAAAUAACUGUUCGGAAGACGAUUUGAGAUCUAGAAUUUCCGGAACAUUUGUUGUAAAAUUUCUUGCCUGCUUGCUUCUCCUAAGAUUUAUGAACAUCCAAAAAAUGGUAUAAUUGCCCAUUUUUAACAGAUUUUUACCGUAAAAAGGUCACCUAGAAUUUUGGGGAGCCUUUUUUCUGACCGAAAUUUUCGAAAAAGGUAAGUUUUGAUCCCUAUAAUUUUCGGAUCACUCGACUUUCAGCUAGGAAAUCCGAACAGAUGAAAAAUUUUUAGGGGUUAAAAAUAUGCCUAAAUCUACCGUUUAAAUACUAAAAUACGUUCACAAUGCUAUGUUUAAGUUUUUUUUGAACUAUAUUAGGGACUUUAAGAUCCAACGACGCGGACAGCAACGAGAACGUCAAAAAAACAAUACUUUUUUAUAAGCAAAACAACAACUUUGCACGUGCAUCACGCUUUUUUGUACAUUUCUUUGCCCGUUUUUGCACGACUACGACGUGAAAGUGCCUAAUUUCUCGUUUUAUGGAGGACGUAAACAAGUAACGACGAAAACAGUGGCGGCUGAAUCGCAUUUUGCCAGCUAAAAAUGUUUUGUCUCGAUAUUUUUGACCAACUAGUUGGAUUUUACUAAAACAAUUAUUCCUCUCGCCCUCAUGGCCUCUGAGUCAAUGGAGGCCGAAGGCGCUCUACUAUCUGAACGCUUGGAACAGGCUAAAGUGAGUAGAAAUGGAAAGUUUUUUUUUUUUGCUUUCUACGGAAACAAGGAGAAAUUAUUUGCUUUUCUGGGGCUAUACCUUCUGGUAAUUUAUUCAAUAGUGACUUGUUUGUCCAAGUUUAAUAGUUGCGACUUGUUUUAAGAUUCGAGCCCUGUUUACUGUAUAUGUGUGUAACAAAAAUAUGGCUGAAAAUGUCUCACAGCUCCUUUCUUAAAUUCUAGGCGCCAUUGUUAAAGUUCUUAAACUUAUAAUCAGUGCCCCAGAUCUAAGCGAUGAACAACAAGAAAACUUGGAUGACAUUUUAAAAGUUCACGCAAGCAAAUACUUGAUACACCAUAGUCCUUCAACACCUGAGGGUUUAAGUGCCUUUUUUGAACAUCUUGUGGAGGUUCACAAUGUGUCUGUGAAGUCUGUGCAAAGGGGGUCUUUGAUAAUAACAGUGGAGUGCCCCACUCUAGAGAGUCUUGAGAGACUAUGGAAUGACUAUCAAUCGGGUUGCCUUAAUGGCAUCGCUGAGAGAUUUCUGGUGACUGAUGAACUAAAGAGAAAGCUCGGGUUGGACCAUGUCAGAUUGAGGAUAACUAUAGAAGAAGAAAACUACUUGAUUUGUAAGAAAGCUCUCAUGGAAAUCUCAGGUGAGCUGGGCAGUCUCUGUAGAGCUUUUUUGGUAACAUGUAUUUAGGCUUAAUAUGUUUCUUGGAGCAAUUUGCCUGUAUCUAGUUCAGUAUCAAUUAAUUUAACGCAAAUUUAAUGGAUAGUUGGUGGGAGAAAUUUUUUGUCAAAACUUUUUUCCUCAUGGCCCUCAUGCUUAAUAGAGAACUGAGUGCAAUAAUCCAGCUAAAUGUUAACAUCUUGGCUGGAAUGUCCACUAAAUGUCAGUUACCACCUUAAAAAUGUACACGAAAAAAUUACUCUAUUCCGAUUGGCUGAGAAAGGAGUGCAGUUCCUCUGUAACACGAGUGCAAACUUGUAACACGAGUGCAAAUUACAAAUGUUUUCUGAUUGGCUGUAAACACAAAAGAAACCACCAAGAACCAAUCAGAUUAGAGCUGUUUUAACAUCAAAAUUCAAGAAAAUGGUCAUGGUUUUCAGCAGACAACGACGGGAUUUAAUUUUGUACGCAAAAAACCCAAGGAGAAAGGUGUCCGGUUGCUCUCUUUGAGUCUUUUGUGGAGCGAAGACCUCUAUUAAAACAUCCGUGCGAUGGUCUGUUUUUUUCUACCUCAGUAGCAAACGAAACUGAAAAUUUAAACAUCUGGUCCAAACUAAACCAAUGGGCGAAAAUACCAUAACUAACGUAAUGAAAGUAUCCGUAGCCGGUACUAGCCUUAAAGAAAGUGAGAAAAAAAUUUACGAAUCAUUGUUCAAGAAAAACAACAGUCAGGAGGCUGAAGAAAGCAAAGAUUGUAAGUUCAGAACAUAUCGCCAACUUCACAGGCCACAAAUAAAUAUAAAUUUCCUUAACGACUACGAUGAAGCCGACGAAGAAGAGCUACGUACGAUGACUCUUGCGGGAGGCCUAAUGAAAUAAUGAAAACCCCAGCGGUUGUCAAUAACUGUGGCUCCAUUCACCCAUCGAUGGCAGCGUCUCGGCUUUUACAUCUCAAAAAUUUCUCCAUGAAUCCAGCUAUGAUGGGGUCUCAGGAACAGACAAUGAUGAACAGUCGUUAAAAUACCUUAGCAAGUGUCUUUCAUUUUUGGCCGCGCGAAGCGUUCUGCUGAUUUCAAAACGGCAGUAUACUUCUUGUAAACGCUUCUUGUAAACGCCGAGCUCUCAUAAUCGAGGGUGAAUUUAAAAACACUUACUUUUGCUGAUUAUUGUAAACCAAGUUAUCUUUAACAGGCUGGUGACCAUAUAAAAUCAACUCUUGCACAUUUCCAAGUUCUUAGCUGAAUGAUUUUGAAAGCGUUGGUCUUGAAAAAGUUUGAAUUUGACGAAGGUAGUAGUCUGUUUCAGCCAAUCAGUUGAAUGAACUAAAAACGCGCGUUCUGUCAAAAUUCGUUGUUGUUGUUAUGUUGUUCGUGUAUAUUAUUAGUAUAGGUAAUCACAUGAUUUUUCUCGUGUAAUUUGGAAUAAAUAAGCGCUUGUAAAUUUUUCAAAGACCUCAAAGUACACUCGCCCUACGGGCUCGUGCACUUUUGUUGGUCUAUGAAAAAUUUACUCGUGCUUAUUUAUUCAAAAUUGCACUCGAAAUCAUGUUAUUACCUAUACAAAUCAUGAAAUGAUAGAGGGAGCAUUCGGAGACUAAUGGAGGUCAACAACAUUAGCUAUUGACGAAUGCACCUCCUACAUGUAAGGUAAAUGGAUUAGGAUUGUUGUGUAGAAUGCUUCUUCUUUGUCACUUAUGUUCUUGUUCCUGUUUCAUCUGACUGAGGUGCACAGCUUAUGAGGCUUACAGGCGAAAUGGCCUAGUUUCUUUCUAUCUACAGCCCUUUCCUUUCUGUUCUACUGAGCAGAAAGUAGAAAUUUCAAUGUAAAGUGUUCAGUAUCAUUUUUAUUUUCAGUUUAAGUAAAGAGUUAGGAAGUUAAGUUCGCACGUAUCGAUUGACAGUUUUACAUAAAAGUCCCCGGAUGUAAAAAGUGGGAAAGGUUUUUUUGGGAGAAAUACAAAUUGUAGUAAUUUGUUCCGUAUUUUGUUGAAUAGAUUUUUACGGAUUUUAAAGCGGAAACCUAAGGUAAAACGUAAAGGGUGACUAGAGAGAGCCGUUUUGUUGAAAUAAACAAAAACUGCCAACAUUGGAUUUGAGUAGAUUUAUGCCUGAUGCUAAAAGAGAGGAGAAGUGUGACGUCACGUUACCAUAGUAACAGAAUUUCUGGAUCACAUUACUAGGGAGAUUAACCGACGGCGAAGGCAAGAACAACGGCGAAAAAGUAACAGCAAAACAACAACUUUGCACGUGCAUCACGCUCUUAUAGAUUUCUUAGCCGUCGUUGCACGACUGCGACACGAAACUUCCUAAUUUCAUGCGCCCGCUUUAUGGGAGUAGGUGAACACAACACAAAAAUUGUCUUUUUCUUUUUCUUGUUCUUAACUUUCAAAUUGAACCCCAGAAAAUUUCACCAACAUUUGACGAAUUAAGUGACGUUUUCGAUGUGUUGUCAUCCAGAAAAUUUGCUACCAUGGCAAUGUGACACAACGACUUCUCCUCUCUAUUGGAAGUACUAUUUGUAAGGCGGACAUCAUGCAUUAACCAACCACUAAAGCUUUCCGUGAGGGUGCCCACUUAAAACAAGUUUUACAGGCCAUUAUAAUUGGUAUCUUGUUGGUGACACUACUGUUUUGAUUACUAGGAGUAGCAAUUAUCUCCGAAACUUCAUCUCAAACAGUUGAUUCAGGUCAGGAAGAGGAUACAAGGAGGAGUGAAGUAAGCUGAAAUGUAUUUUUUUAGUUGUUGAUUAGUAUGUGUAAUCAAAUGGUAAUUCGUCACCCAUGAUAUUAAUAGGUAAUCAAAUGGUAUACUCGUGAAAUUAGGGAAUAAUUUCACGCGUUUUGUCCAAAUCCUAAUAAUUUCCAGAGCCUUUAGGCGAGGGAAAUUAUUAGGAUUUGGACAAAACGCGUGAAAUUAUUCCCUAAUUUCACGAGUAUACCAUUUGAUUACCUAUUAAUAUCAUGGGUGACGAAUUACGUUAGCUAUCUUGGAUUUUUGACAUGUUUAUCCUGGAUCGUAUCGAUCGAGAACUCCUGCACUCUCUCGAACGUUUAGAGCUUAAAUUUGGCUUAAGUUCAGAGUUUUUCGACAAAAUACCUGUUAGAAUCCUUCUUGAUGUGCUCUUUCGUGUGUUCAGGUUUUCUAAAGCGUCUUUUUGUGCCCUGACAUCUUCAUUCACGACAUUUUAAAACUUCGUCGCCAUCUUGACACUGAGACGUACGUUAGGUUGCCAUGGCAAUUUAGUAUUUUCACAUGUGAAAUUACAAAUUAACGCUGAAAUUUCGCGCCAAAAGUAGGGAGUAAUUCGUCACCUAUGAUAUUACGUUGUUUAGUUCAGUUCCCAUGAGGAUUAUUAGACUCUUUACAAGCCACUCCUGUAAAUUUCACAGCACUUGACGCCGACCAGUUUACUCGUGGCCGCUUUUUCGUUUUUUUUUUCUUGCUUGGAAAUCGUUUUACAGGUUUUUUUUUUCUUGCUUGGAAAUCGUUUUACACAAUGGAAAACCCAAAUUUAUUGGUUUGCCGGUUAAAUUCCUUGCCGAUAGAUCAAAGUUUCUGUUCUGCACUGCGGCCCGAAGCAACGAUAACAGGCUGUACUGCCGUUUUUUUUCUAAAUCCAGAUUGUGCAUUUUCAGCAAGUUUCUUUAAGGGAUCCGGAGUGUACUGAUGUUAGCUAGUUACGUUGUCGGAGAAGGUGUAGAAUUUUAAAAGACGUCUGUUACACAAAAGGAGAAAAGUAAGGGUACUUGUAAGGAAGGGUACCUUGAAAAUCUAAUUUCUUACUAAUCCUCCGCAUUCACGAUUAAUCCACAACCACGACGACGAAGUGUACGCUCCCAUAGCGGCUUGUUGGCUCGAUGUUGGGUGGAAGCUUUAUACCAAACAAAUACCAGCGCCUGACUGCAGAGCGGGAGGUCGCGGGUUUGAUUCCCGGGACCGGACCAACACUCAGGGUCUUAAAAUGUCUGAGAAAUGAAGGUACUGCCUUUUCCCUGGACCUCUCUCUUGCUGGACCUCGGAUGACUCCCUAUAAUGGCCUAUACAAUCAACUCUCUCUAAGACGGACACCUUUGGGACCGGCACUAGCUGUCCGUCUUAGAGAGAUGUCCGUCUUAAUAGAGGGAGCAAAGAAAGGCAGGGACCAACUCUAGGUGUCCGUUUUACAGAGGUGUCCGUCUUAUAGGUGUGUCCGUUAAGAGAGAGUUGACUGUAUUCAUCAUUCUGUUGUUUUGUCUCUAUUUUCUAUUCGGCUGAGCGUAGCGUUAGAGAGUACAAGUAUAUUUUCUUUGGGGAGUGGUGAAUCUGGCGAUAUAAUCAAGCAGGAAUGUAACAAGGCAGCCAAUUGUAGGUCAAAGAAUUUUUAUCAAGGAAUUUUUGGUUUUGGACCUUGUAUUUCAUAAUAGUAACCUGAAGAGGCGCCGUGUUAGAUAGUACUUGAAACAAAAUGGUGAAUAGGGAGAGUUGCUCGUUAGCUCUAAAUUGGAUGGAAGCUUUAUACCAAACAAAUACCAGUAGUGGCACAAUAAAUUAAUUUUCAUUUAUUUAUUUGUUUAUCUGUUUAUCCAUUUAUUUAUUUAUUAUUAUCCUAGGACAAGAAGCAGGCCCUGACACCUAUGGCCAGAGCUGAGAAGGCUAAAGUAAGUUCAGCGGGAAGAUCGUUAAGAUACAAAGUGUAGUGUGCGCUCGUUGUGUAUUCAAACAAAGCAAAAAAAGAAUGAAAAUCGUCACUUGGUGGAAGAAUUAAAGUGCCUUGUUGUUAACGAGUUGCACCUAAAUCAAACUCAUGCAGAGCGUAGCCUUAUUAUGAGUUGCAUCAUCGUUAACUGUACACAAUUGCGAGCUCUUUUACAGUGUGUCGCCCUGGAGGACAUUGCUCAGCUCUGAGUUAUUACCUCCAGUAUUCAUAGGUAAAGUUUAAUAUGGGAGCGAAGAGGGAUUAAAAUCAAAUGCCGGAUAACGUUUUAUAACAGAGUGCAAGGUUUGUAGACUGAUGAGUUUGGCUUUUAUCUACAGGAUUUUGUAAUCUCUUUACAUUUACAUAAACGGAUAUUUUUUAAAAUAGGCGUCGAGAGGCCCUCUACACAAGGCUGCUAUCAGUGGACAAUACAAGACGGUCAAAACGCUUCUUGAAAGUGGAGAAGAUGUGGAUCUAAGAGAUCAGGUUUAAUUCUUCCCCAGUUUAUGUAAAUUUAAUGUUUAGCUUGACCUCUUUCCUUCCCUUCGCCAGUGGAUUUGUCAUGGCUGUGAGAGAUUGAAGUUUAGCGAAGGCUUGCGCGCGAGACGUUUCGAGCCGGUUGGGAAGGGAAUUGGAAUUGUCAGGCUCCACGGGGAGCUUUUGAGUAUUACAUGGCUUGCUUUCGUUUUUUUUUUUUCGUGCUAGGUGCAUCCCAAUAUUUAAGGCCAUGUUCUUGGCCAUGAAAGAGAUCAGGGUUUAGUCUUCUCCAGUUUAUGUAAUUUUUGUGCGAAGCCUAAGCCCAGCUUCUCGCUUUCGCUUGGCUUGGGGAUUCGUAGAUUCUUUUCCUGCUUUGGUAGACUACAAGUAGGCGCUUGUGUUGGGGUUUUGCACCAGCUUUCGAGCUGGCAAGGUAUAAGAAGCAAGAGUUUGUAUAAAACUCUUAUUGCAUACCUUACGUUUGUGAACGAAUUCAUCCUGAUUGGCCGGUGAUGGCUGACACCAUCGUUAAGAUGGAUAACAUAGGAAGGAUACACGGAUUUACUUUUAUUUACUAUGUAUGUAGCACUAGAGCGUCAUAUUAUAGCUCACGAUGUUGUAAAUGGUUUUUGCCCAAGAGUUUUGGUUUAUUAUGAGAUAAUGAAAUGAGAUCUUGUGCUAGUGUUUCCUUAAAGGCUAGUUUUCACUAGCGAUGGAAUCGGAUUCGUAAUCAGAAUAUAACUUUACGAUCUAGUGAAAUCACCGCUCUGUUUCCGUUUACGACUCCGUCACUUACGAUCAAGUGAAAAAUAGGUCGUUGGAGUCGCAAGCAGAAGCAGAAGAACUAAGCCAAUCACAAAGCGUGUGAACGUUAUUGUGAUUGGUUUACCCUUCCGCUUCUGCUUCCGACUCCGACAAUCUGGUUUUCACUUUUUCGUAAGCGACGGAGUUUUUGGCGGAAUCGGAAGAAAAUGGACACGUUCUGAUUCUUCUGACUCCGAUUCCGUCGUUCUUACGACUUCGCUUACGCUUCCGACUGCGAUUCCGUCGCUCUUGAGACUUCGCUUACGAUUCCGAUUCCGACUCCGUCGCUAGUGAAAACCAGCCUUGAAUGGUGAUUUAUCCGGUGGAUAAUGCUAUCCACCUUUUCAACAACUGGGCCCAGGACUACAAUUACUCGGGUGAACGUAAACUGUGAAGUUAUGGAGGAAAUGUUGCUAGAACCAAUUACGUGCUCGACGUGAAAUGUCUGAGGCUAAGCACUGUAGAGAAUUUAUUUAGUUGUCUGUUUUGUUUGUUUGUAGUUGUCGUUGUUGUUUAGUAACCUGAGGAUGUUCUGGACGAUGUUCAGGUCUCUAAAUUUAAUAAAAGAAUUGGCAGAGACUACCAAUUUAUCCUAGAAAGUGACCUGCCAACAUUGCAUUUGGACUCAGUUGGAGGGUUCCACUUGGUUUGUUUCAGAUAAACUAAAGAGGAUAAAUAAAGACGUUUUGGCUUCAUUCUUAGCUUGGUCGUACAAAUUAGUCCAAUGACAGCUUCUAAGUUUAUUUUGCAAGGCCAUCGUUAUAAACGGAACUAGCUGGCUUCUUUCAACGCUAUCUAACUGCGUUGUUUUUUUCCUAUUUUCGGUAGUUUUCUCUGACCCCUCUUCAUCUUGCCUGUUGGUACGGACAGGAGUCUGUUGUUCAACUUUUGUUGAAACAUGGUGCAAACGUCAACGCUGAAGACAGGGUGAGUUAGUAAGCGUUUCAUACAUUGUAAAUCAAACAAUAUAUUGCCGUGAGAACAUGAACGUCUACAGUCAACGUAAUUUACUACAAUUAGCGGACAACCACGGGACCUGUACUUUUGUGAAAUAUCUUAUUAUACAGUUCCUUUAGGGAUUUUCAGAGAACUUUUUACAACAGUGCUCUGGGUUCUUUUGCCAGAUUGCUUUUGGUGCAGUUUGCAGCAAGAGAGGAUAAAGGAGACAGAGAAGGCAUCCCCUAUACACACUCUAUUCCAUAGGUAAUUCGUCUCGAGUUAUUUUUAAGAUCAUAGAUCCCAAGGGGGAUUAGACAACAGCCAAUCACAUAGCGCGGAUGUGUUCCGCGUUGAUGACCCACGCUCAGAGCCACGCGUCCUUCACGAAUUGACGCAGAAAAAAAUGGCGGAAGACGAGGAGAGCGAUAUUCCUAUUUGUUUUGUCGACGAAAACGACUUAAGAUAGAUUUCUGCUAAAGCUGUGAGAGCGAAACGGAAAUUAAAAAAGAAUCACCCUUCCUUUCUUGUAUAGAGCUAACAGUACAGCAGGGAAAUCUUUGACACACUGAAUAUUCUCUCAGGAUCAUUUACAAUUUACAGUUUGAAGAGAGCAAUUUCUGGUUUGAUAUUUAUUCUUUUAUUAGUCUGCUAUUAUUCAACAAAAAUAACACUUGGCGUCCUACUUGCUUUAUUAUACAAACGACUGGUUUCAAUAGACCGACGAAAUUUCUCAUUUUAUUAAAGCACUGAGGUUACCACAACUUCGAGUUAAACUGAUUUCACGGGUUGUCAAAGAGUUUAGCGAUUCCCUUUUCCCAGGUGGACGCCGACUCAUUCCGCUUCAAUAUUCAGAAAUGCUCUCGAUCUCUUCACGCUUUCAUUGCCUUUCGCCCGACAUGUUUUGCGCGGCGUUUAGUCAUGCGAAACCUCCACGAAACAUCCACGCAGCGCGCGAGGUAACUUUAUCCCGAUUCUAAAAAUAACUCGAGACGAAUUACCUAUGGAAUCGGGUGUGUAUGGGGAUGCCUUCUCUGUCCCCUUUAUCCUCUCUUGGUUUACAGGUAAUGAACAGAAGCAAUGAGUUAUGAAUACCCGCUAAUGUGAUUGUGAACUGGAAAUAGACUACCACACCAGGGACUACUUCCCUUAUUCUGGGUUUUUUAACGUCCUACAGAAUUUAGUAUACGUGUAAGGGGUGCGAGACGAAGCUUACGGUUUAUCGUCCUUAUCCGAGAAGACUAGCCGUUUUGUAAAACAAAUUGUGGUAAGGGCUGAAAUCCGAUUUGCAGCUAAACCUAUUGUGAUGUCAUUGUCACGUGAUAUAUAUUCCAAUCGCCAAAAAAUAAUAUUAUAAUAGCGGAGCUCUCGCGCGCGCAGCGUCGCACCAUGGGUAAGAUAAUUUGGUAAACUAUGCAUCCAAGAAAUUUGGUUCUGAGAAAAUUGUCCGCACGGAGUACGUACGUUCGUACGUCCACCCCUUCAUGUAAGCCGGGAUGAAAUUUUGCAUUUCAAGCACCCGCGCGUUUUGACCGUAAAUCGUAUACCUUCCCGGACUUUUAGAGAUAAAAACAACAACAACAAAGCCGAUUCUUUACUUCGACUUAAUUUUAAUGUCAACGUUGACGUGGAUAACAGAGAAAGAGCUAGAGCGAAAUGUAAAGAACAAGGAGACCAAUUUCGUUGGAAGAAAAACAACAGUUUUAUAAAUAACGACGAUAAGAAAAACGGGAAAAGUUAGCAGCCACCAAAGUGGAAAUGAGCGGCGGCGAAAAAAAAGUGAAUAGGAACACAUAAAACGUGUAACUAGGAAGUUUUUGGAAGUUCCUCGUUGUAGCCGUGCGGCAAAACAACGGCAAAGAAAUGUACUAAAAAGUGUACUGCACGUACAAAGUUUUUGUUUCUUUUUUUUUGGCUGCUUAGUACCUACUGAAUUUUUAGCUGUUUUCGUUGGCGUCACCGCUUAGCAUUACACGAUUUUAUAUUUUGUUUCGGUAAACUAUGACUAUUAGACUAACGAAAGCUUCGCUUUUAGGCUGGGCUAAAUCUAUACAUAGUAUGCUCUGACUGGUCAAAAUUUGACUGGUGAGUUCAUGCGGAGAUUUAUGCAGCAUUUGGAAACUUGUUUACUGAUAGCUGAAGCUGACAGAGUUUUGUGUCAUCUUGUAAUAGUUUUAACUGUUUUCUUCCACUGGAUGUACAAAAUGAAAUGCAGCUGCUAUACAAAGAAUAUUUUACUACUCAUGGGUGGUCUGUUUAUUUAACAAUUAAUGAAUGAGGCUGAGUAUCUUAUGAAGAAUUAUGGAGAUUGAGGAGGGUGUUAUCCGUCGAGGCCGUAGGCCGAGGCGGAUAACACCCUCCGAGAUCCGAAUUAAAGCCGAAUUCAAUAAUUGUUUUAUUAUUCAUUCAAAAUGAUUCUUAGUUUAAAAACAUGGUUAAAACAUGCUUAUCUCCAUCGAUUCAUCGAUGUUACGUUCAUCUUCGAUAGUGCACGUUUAGGUUUGUCCAGCUCCGCAAAUAUUCUCCAAAUAGCAGAUGUCGCCCUUCAAGUUGUCUUCUUGCUGUUCUUGCCAUGUUUUUAGCUAUUUUUUCGCCUAGUUCUUACUCUUGAAACGAGUGAAAUGUCCGCAAUUUUCCAAGUUCACAACCAGGUCCCCAGGUCUUCUCGGUUAACGGUGCCUUAACCUGCGAAAACGCUGUCAUUUCCUCGACACAAAAUUCUUCCAAAUUUGGUCAUCAGUAACUGGUUAUGGUGAAUUUAACGUGUGCUUUUAGCCAAUCAGUAUUGGGAAAAUAUUUUGAAUGAAUAAUAAUGGAUUUUUGGUAAAGAAAAGUGAGAACCGGCUGGCUGUAUAUUGAUUUUGGAUUUUUUUUAACGUUUUCCCUAAAAGCGCAUUGUUACCUUGCACACCACAUAGGGGCAGAUUGUUCUGACUGAAAAAGUCCCGACAUAAUAGAAUUCUCUUCAUGAAAACGUUAAAUUAGUAAUGUAGUCAAUUGUAUGAUUUAUUGUCCAAAGGAAGCGCGCGCUUCGAUCGCCCUGAAUGCUGAGUGAGUGAAAUUUGUCUUGCAAUAGGUUUAGCAAAAAAAAGAAAGUUAAUCCAGCCUGACUUUGUUUUUAUUUUGGCCUCCCUUUUGACAAAGAAAUGCAACCUAGAAACUGCAACAUGUAAAAUGGCUGCCACCGAGGACUAUCGUGUCUUUUAUUAUAUAGACACAAGUGUUUUACUGGAAAAUAUACCACUCGUAAAAUUCAUAAAAACUACAUCCGGGACCCGAGUGGUUUAUUUUCCAUAAUCUCACACGUGAGUUUAUCGAUGACGUAAUUUCGGUAAUUUCCCUCUAAAAUUUGUAGGCGUCUUGCGUCCUUUGAAUUUUAAUUACACAUUUUUCAAAGGUUUGCUUAUAUUUUGUCAUUGUAGAGCCCUAUUCAGCUCAGUGUUAUUUCUCAAAAUUAUGUCUUAUAUUGCUGUACUGUAAAUUUGAGCCGUCACAAUUACUUUUUGGCGGAUAAAAAUCUAUUAUUUUAUUAAUGUCUUUUUGUCUAUAUAAUGAAAAGAACAUUACACGGCGGCUUGAAGAUAUGAAUUUUAUUUUCUCGUGGCAAAAACAAUAUUUUACUCACUCGCUGCGCUCGUUCGUAAAAUAUUGUUUUGUUGUUUUACCACUCGAAAAUAAAUUCAUAUCUUCGCGCCACCAUGUAAUAUCCUCUAUAUAAUCGGCCUUUAUAGCAUAAAAUUAUAAUUCGGGCUGUCCAAUUAACCUUAUUAAAUACCAAGGUGGUUUAUAGGUGGGCAACUGAGUUAUUUUGUUUAGCAAUAAUUUGUUUUCUAGGCCUAAUCUACUGUGAUCAAAGGUGAUUGCUAUUUUUGGGUGAACAUGAAGACUAUUAACUCGAUGUACAAUUCGUUUAACCCUUCAUUGAACUGUUUGCGAACUCUUUUUUAUUCUCUAAAAUCAUUUAGCCUUUCCCUCAAAAUUCACAUGAUUGUGCCCUAAAGUAACUGAUUUGUGGAUCACAAGUUUAUUGAUUGAUUUAAGCUAUAAAUUCAUUAAGGGAGCUUCGCUUUUAGCCCUGGCUAAAUCUAUAUAUUACAUACAUGUAUGUUAUAAUAGCAUGGGACCAGACUCCAAAGUGGGGGGAAAGCGAGAAAAAUCGGCGAGCAAAGAGAACGAUGGAGUCUGGAGAGGGGUAAGGGUGACGGAGCUCCGCCACCUCCCCCUCCCCACUCCACCACUCUGCUCGCUUGGCUUGCCGUUUUUUUCGCUGUUACAUCUGGUUUUUUGCCUUUUUCCCCAUCCCCACUACGGAGCCUGGUCUCAGGCUAAUGUUAUAAUGGUUUUACAAUUAAGAUCACUUUAGAAGUACAGGACACUCAAAGAUAGAAGGUGUACCUGCAAAAAUACUGGUUCCAGCCACCUUAAUGCAGUUUUCCUUAGGGUGGUGGCUAUUUAAUUUUAGGGGUCCAAGCGGGGUUGUUUAAUAGAUAGGAGGCGUUUUUUUAAAAGAGGCGUUUAUUCUCCUCUUAACUGUGACAAGGUCAACAAAACUAAUAUGCUAUCGGCGGAAAUAUUAAUAUCGACUCCAUCAAUAAAUUGAUACGUUUGGGUCGUCUAGGGAUUAUUUAUCUCUCUUUCAAAUCGCACCUCUUGAUAUUUAUCAAUAUUGAUGAUUCUAGGCCGUCUAGAGAUCCAUAUCGCUCUUUACAACCCAGCCAACAUCGAUGUCAGAAUACUCAGUCAGGGUUAUUGUGUUACCAUCCUUAGUCUAUCCUUAUUUCUAACUUGACAUUGAACAACAUGAAAUAAGCAAAGCCUCGUUAAUCAAGCAAGAAACUGAAUAAUUUGAUUAAUUUUGCUUCUUUUGGAUAAUUUCUAGUAUUUUGGAGUCAUUCUCAAAGGGGGCAUCUUUUAGACAGAGUGCGUUUAUUAGAGAGGGGCGUCGAAUAAAAUUUUAACAGCGUAGAGAGGGCGUUUAUUAGAUAAGAGGCGUUUAUUUGAAAGUGAUAAAUGUAUUAGUUAUUACUUAUUUUUUGGGGUCGUAGGUCUUUAUAGAUCCUAUAUGCUGUUCAUUUUUGCAAGGUUUUGCCCAUGUUUCUAAGGUUGGUUGUGUCCAUCCUAUAUCUUCUUUGUGAGACAUCAACGUGACACUUGAACUCUUGCCCUUUCGGGGACACAUGAUAUGGCGUGAUUCUGUGAGUGUCUGAUGUCAGGGCUCUGGAACAGAGUGAGCGGGAAUUUUACGGCAGAGCCUCUCUGUUCGUUGCACCGCACUGACGAUCCCCAAAAAGGGCGAAACAGCUGUCUACGACUACGACCCCGCUCUGUGUUUGGUUCUUUCGGUGUGGUGUUGAUGUCUUGCAAAGUUAAUUUUCACGUAUUACGAUCAGCUUUGCAGAGUUCAAUGUGUCUUUUUGGAAGUGGGCGUUUAUUAGGUCAUUUACGGAACGGGUAGUUAGAGUAUUCUCCUUGGUAGUAAGUGGUAAGUAAUACGCAUUAUCCUAUUUGUGGUGUUUUUAGUUUCAACGUACACCUCUGCAAAAAGCUGAACGCCAAAACCACCACUCCAUAGUGCAGUUGCUACGGAAGAAUGAUGCCAGGCCAAGUCUUCAUCAACCAGUAAGAUAUCAGAUUGUAUGUUCUUCAUGCCAACCUUGUCUUUUAGAUGAAAUUCGCUUACAAUCGUUGUAUUCUUUGUUGAUAAUGUGGAAGGUUACUAUAGGACCUAUUUACUAUCGUAUGAGCUUUUAUCCUAGCUUAUAUCGCGAAGACCUUAUAGUUGUUCUUCUCUACUCGAACAUUAUUUUUAUUCCCUCGGUUUCGCCCAUCCGGAAAACACAGUAUAGUGAAUCUUAUAUUAAAACGACAUCAUAUUUUAAAAAGCGGCUGAGUGGCUCAGUUUUUUUACCGUGAGCUUACUUUAAAAAAAAAAACCAAACAUUAAUAGUGGACACCAGCAAAUGUCGCAUGUUUGUCCGGUUAAUACCGGUUUGAUCGUACAAAUUAUUUCUUAGUUAUUAAUGUGUAUGGUUCUGGCGUUUCGUCUUAUACCCAUGCGCUCUUUAAAUGGUUUUAGAGACACUGGGGAAAUUUGCUACAAUCGCAUGGGGCCACAUUGUUCGAUAGUCAGUUGCUUGUCGAAGCAUUUAACCAGAAAACUUAAACUUAAAAACGUUACUCGACGUUUCAAUCUAUCACACACCAUUAUCAAGAGGAAUGUUAAAUUUCAAACACUAUUGUUUGGAGUGCAUCUCAACUUUAACUAUUAGGCUUACAAACAAAGUUACCAUGAAGACAGAUACAUCUCCCCAUCUUCAUUGGGUUUUAUUGUUGUGUUUCAGGUUUUGCAAAAAGUUCAUAAUGUAUUUCACUUUAUAAAGCCCUCGAUGGGCUUGUCAAUGUAACCUGAGAUCAGGCGUUAUUUUUUUUUGCUUCUUUGUUUCUUUGGCUCGAGAGGGAAAAAAAAUAACGCCUGAUACAUUGAUUUAACAAGCCGUUAACCGCCCCCUAAUUUACAUAAUCCAACGCCUGCUUGACCUGUCAUGUUAUUAGCCAAUAAGCGUUUACCAUACGGGAAUCAAAUUUUGGCGCGAAUAAUGUCUCUUUUUGAAAUCAAUUUUAGGGAAAAGAAAAUUUUUAAGUACGUCCAUGUUCAGAUGGCGCUUCCUAAAAAAAAUUUUAAAUGUGUUGUUUUUGUGAUGAAAUACUACUAGCUGGAGCUGCCGUACCUAUGUUUAACAGCUACAAAUAAUAAAGAAUUUACUGGUUAAAGCUCGUUAACUUCGUUCUAAGCCGAAAACAGUGAAAAAAAAAUUAGGCUGAAGCACCAUAUUUUACGAACUGAAAGGUGUUGUGAAAGCGAAGAUCGCUCAGAACAAUUCGCAGGUUUCUGAAGGAAGAAGUACAGUCAAACCAGGUCAAGAUUCCUUUGAUAAAUUGAUUAUUUGAAAAGUGAACCCGUUUGUCGCUUCUGUAACUUGUAGCCGGUAUCAAAAUGCAUUCACAUGAUCGGUGAAUUUUUGACUGCAACUUUUUAGUAUACGAUGAGAUGGAAAAUAUUUCAAUGGAUGAAAUUUCUAUUUAGGCAUUCUUCAAAUUCAAGAAAAGUGAGCCGGCAGAAAUUUUAUAACGAACUCGCGUCUGUAUUCACUGCUCAUUACGCAAGCAAAAAUGCAGACUGAAAUCAACAACAGCUAACGGAUGGCGGCAUUUUGGCCAAUUGGAUCAGCGCAAAUCAUCCGUAUUUUUUCCUAUCCAAUCAGAAAAAAGUCCAGAUUCUGGCUUUUUUACAUGUGAUCCGACAAAGAAAUGUAUCAUGCCCUCUUUCCGUGAGAGACAUUAAGGGAUAAUAGGGAGAGGGCAUGAUUUCAGGCUAUUGUCAAUGUAAUCUCGAUAUUAUGGGUUGUGGCUUUCGCUGAGAGAACCCAGUGACGUCAUUCAAAUACCUCCACAUUGAUAGCCGCCGUCAAAUUUCUGAAACUUCCUCAAAUGGAACAAAAUCAACAUGUUAUUUACAAUUUGCUGACACUGUCUUCAAAUAUGGAAAAAGCAAUCCUUCCCUCCCCUACCCGCUAAACAAUGUUGUCCCGCUGAUCAAGUUAACUCAGGAAACCAUUGGUUGGGAGGGUGGAGAAGGGUCCGGAAGGUUUUUUUUUUUUUUUCAAAACUCUACCAACAGCUGACAAUUCUCACAUAAGGUUUGUCGCCAGUUCGAGCCGUUUUCAUGCUUUUCACGUUAGACUCAGAAAAGAAUGAAGGCUAGAGAGAUUCUGAAAAUGUUCAUUUUGUUAAGAUCAGUCACAUUCGAGAUAAGGAAUCAAACGUUAGCCAGCCGCAAAACCACAAACUAAUAACCGUUGGUGCUUGCAGAACUUUUCUCACACAUCGUUGGCUUCUCCCCUCGACACGUAACAUUGUAGAAGUAAUCUUGGCGUUGUUAGUUUCCUAAAAAUAAUAAUAAUCAUCACAAUAAUUAAAAUUUGUAACGCCCUGGUUCCUUACAAAUUUUCUGAAUUUGAUAGUUGUUAUUAACAAAAUUGUGCGAAGAACUCAUAUUUCUUCUUAUAAAUGACUUGCCCUUUUUUCACUGAUGACGGCAUAUAUUGUAACUAUUUUUAUUAUAGGUCAGUCUAAAGAAUCUCUCAAGAAAUGCUUUCUUAAAAGUGGAUGAACAGUCUGGAUUUAAUCUGCUCCAGGCUGCUUUCUUUGAGGAAAAAUACAACAUUGUUUUAGAAGCAAGCGGCCUUUUUGACAACUCUGUGGAAGAGAUUGGAGUUACAGAAACGGGAAAUAACGCCAAAGAAUUUAUAGGAAAAACGGCAGUUGACUUCUUGUCACCUAGAAAAAGAACAAAUCCGUUUCAUGUUGAUAUCGAAAGGAUUUAUGAAAAGUUGGCCGAGGACAACAGCAGACUGACUGAGCUGCUAUGGGGUACGUGCAAUGAUGAUGCUGAAGAGGCAGUUGAACUUGUAUUAAAUGAAGGUGUAGAUAUUAAUGACUCAGGAUCAAACAAUGAUUACACAGCUUUGCUGCUGGCGAGCUGUUCAUCCUCAAGUCAGUUUGUCGAGACCCUCAUUGAUCUUGGGGCGGACGUUAAUGCCCAAUUGGGAGAAAGCAAAGAAACACCACUAAUGUUAGCUGCUGACCGGAACAAUUACAUGGCAGUAAGCUUAAUUGUAAGGCAUGGAGCUGAUGUAAAUGCCCAUACUAGUAAUGGGUUCACGCCACUGCACGUUUCAGUCAACAAAGGUCACGAAAACCUCGUCAGAUUGUUACUUAAACACAACGCAAAUGUAAAUGUUCAAAAUACUAGUGGAUAUACACCCCUCUACCAGUCAUUCUUAAAAGGUAACGAAAGCCUCUGUAGACUGUUACUUGAACACAUCGCGGAUGUUAAUUUUCAAGAUAAUCAUGGCUACACACCCUUGCACUUGUGUGCCUUAAAGGGUGACGAAAACCUCUGUAGAUUGUUACUUGAACACAACGCGGAUGUAAAUACUCAAGAUGAAGGUGGAUAUACACCCUUGCACUGGUGUGCCAGAGAGGGUAACGAAAACAUCUGUAGAUUGUUACUUGAACACAACGCGGAUGUAAAUACUCAAGAUGAAGGUGGAUAUACACCCUUGCACUGGUGUGCCUCAAUAGGGAGCGAAAACCUCUGUAGAUUAUUACUUGAACACAACGCCGAUGAAAAUACUCAAGAUAAUGAUGGAUAUACACCCUUGCACUGGAGUGCUAGAGAGGGUAACGAAAACCUCUGUAGAUUGUUACUUGAACACAACGCGGAUGUAAAUACUCAAGAUGGAGGUGGAUCUACACCCUUGCACUGGUCUGUCUCAAUAGGGAAUGAAAACAUCUGUAGAUUGUUACUUGAACGCAACGCGGGUGUAAAUAUUCAAGGUAAAGAUGGAUAUACACCCUUGCACUGGUGUGCCUCAACAGGGAACGAAAUCCUCUGUAGAUUAUUACUUGAACACAACGCUGAUGAAAAUACUGAAGAUAAUGAUGGAUAUACACCCUUGCACUGGUGUACCUUAAUGGGGAACGAAAACCUCUGUAGAUUGUUACUUGAGCACAACGCGGAUGUAAAUAUUCAAGAUAAUCGUAGAUAUACACCCUUGCACUGGUGUGCCAGAGAUGGUAACGAAAGCCUCUGUAGAUUGUUACUUGAACACAACGCGGAUGUAAAUAUUCAAGAUAAUCUAGGAUAUACACCCUUGCACUGGUGUGCCUUAAAGGGGAACGAAGACCUCUGUAGAUUGUUACUUGAUCACAACGCGGAUGUAAAUAUUGAAAAUGAUCGGGGAUAUACACCUUUGUACUGGUGUGCCAAAGAGGGUAACGAAAACCUCUGUAGAUUGUUAGUUGAACACUACGCGGAUGUAAAUACUCUAGAUGAAGAUGGAUAUACACCCUUGCACUGGUGUGCUUUAACGGGGAACGAAAACCUCUUUAGACUGUUACUUGAACACAACGCGGAUGUAAAUACUCAAGAUGAGGGUGGAGGAUAUACACCUUUGCACUGGUGUGCCCUAAAGGGGAACGAAAACCUCUGUAGAUUGUUACUUGAACACAACGCGGAUGUAAACAUUCAAGAUAAUCUUGGAUAUACACCCUUGCACUGGAGUACUAGAAACGGUGACGAAAACCUCUGUAGAUUGUUACUUGAACACAACGCGGAUGCAAAUAUUCAAAUUGAUCGGGGGUUUACACCCUUGUACUGGUGUGCCAAAGAGGGUAACGAAAACCUCUGUAGGUUGUUACUUGAACACAACGCGGAUGUAAAUACUCAAGAUGAAGAUGGAUAUACACCCUUGCACUGGAUUACUAGAGACGGCCACGGAAACAUCUGUAGAUUGUUACUUGACCGCAACGCGGAUGCAAAUAUCCAGGAUAACAAUGGAUAUACACCCCUACACCGGGCAGUCAUGAAUGGUGCCGUAAACCUCAUUGGAUUGUUACUUGAACACAAAGGGGAUGAAAAUAUUCAACAUAAAUAUGGAUUCACACCACUGCACCUAUGA